AUGGCCGCCGACGUGCUGUCGCCCAGGAGCGAGCCUGGCUCCCUCACAUCGCCGAGCGCAAACCGCACCUCGCUUCCUCCGCUCGUCACAUCGCCGCCUUCGAACGCAAAGCUACAACGGGCAAGCUCAUAUGCCAGCAAGCGCCUCUCCACCUUCUCGAACGCGUCGAACCCGCAAUCGAUACGCUCACGGCCGCAGUCGACGGCAUUCCCCAUCUUCCACUCCAGCCUCCCGUAUACGCUUGUGCGAGACUUCGCUUACGGUCCCCUGCAUCCGCUGUUCUACGGACCGCUUCCCGAACAACCCUCCGAUAUCUCUACACCCGCGAGCGAAGUCAGCAGGAGGCUAUCGGAUCCUCCAGCAGUCCCAUGGCACCCUGACCGAGGAGGGUGGUCGGCAGGGCCUUGGGAACCUGGUGAGCAGCUGCCUCCAACCUCAUACGGCGAUGGUCCGCCAUGGAGCGAGGAUGACGACAUCUCGAGUCCGGUGGUGACGAGCCACACGCGACACAAGAAGCACAAAUCCAACAUUGUCGAUUUCGAUCAAACACGCGGCCGGAAAGCAUACCUAGAAGAGCCUCGGCGGGGCUCAUACUCUGGCACGAAUGGCGACGGCAGCCAGGUGUAUUACGUGAGCGAGAUGAAUGAAGAUGCCAACGGACCAGGCGGCGAGUACAUCACCUAUCCCCCGGAGCCAUCGUCAUCACUCGAGGUUCCGACCGGAUCUUCACGGCGGGAUUCACACUUCGCGACGACCCUUCCGCAGCGCGCCUACGCAGACGCGGACGGCCCACCAUACGACUCGGACGAAGAAAUGUCGGAGCCGGACGACUUCCUCAACGACGAAAGCCGCUUUUCGCGAGACUACCAGUUCACCAUCGCCUCGCCGGAGGAGGAGAUGCACGGCAAGGCUGUGGCGCUCUUCGACUUCGAACGCGAAAACGACAACGAGUUGCCGCUAGUGGAGGGCCAGAUCAUUCUGAUCUCAUAUCGACACGGCCAAGGAUGGCUUGUUGCACAGGACCCCAAAUCCGGCGAGAGUGGCUUGGUCCCUGAGGAGUACGUCCGGCUGCUUCGCGACAUCGAAGGCGGUUGGAACGGUCUGAUGAACGGCACGGCUGUGCAGCAGGAGUUAAACAACCCCGAAGGACUCCUCUCGCCCGUGUCCGCUGGACCAGAGGCCAAGACGCCUACCCAGGCCGACCACAAGCCCUACACUCCCGUCAUUUCGACCUUCUCCACGAGCACGAAGGAUCUCGAGCCAUAUCCCAAGGAGAUGCUUGGCACGCCGACUGCGCCAGACGGUGCCUUCCCGAGACCACGGGACGGCUCGAAGGAGAGGGCAGAUGCGGCGGAGAAAUCCGAGGGGGCGCCGAUGGAGGGUGUUGAGGCGAGCCCUGAGCCCACUAGUCGACCGCAGAGCCAAGACGCACGGUCUUGA